AUGUUAUCACUCGAUUAUCUCCUGUCAUUAAACAUGAAUAAAAGAAAACAUUGUGUCCACAAACGACUCCGGAAGUCCAACAUCCACCGACACUUCGGUUCUCAUAGCCUCUUCACUCAAAACCGUCACAAUGUAAUUCAUCUUGCCGAACUCGUCAUAUUAUUUUCGAAUCUACGGGGAGAAGAUGUGACCUCCAAACAAGCACUCUCUAUCUUCCAGUACCAGAACGAGCCGAGAUUUGAUCUCAGCAAAGACAUGAGAGAUGUCCCAGACGAGGAGGUGAUUGUCUUGUACUUUCACUUAUUUGACGACAUGUAUUUCUUUGGCUCAUUGGCGCCUCGCUGCGAUAUUAUACUUGCCCCCGAGGAAGCCAAAGAUCUAGGAUACAAUGGAAAACAUGAGAGCUACAAAAUGUGGAAUAUCAAGCGAAACAACUUCAUUUGCAUUCGUCCGUAUAGACGGAAGCGUAGCGAAAUAACGUUAUAUCGGAGGGAGACUGAAACCCCUUUCCGCUGGCAAAGAUUGCACAUGUAUCUAGGCACCUUGUUACAUGAAAUGACACAUGCGUUUUUCAUGCUAUGGGCGUGUAAGCAUAAAGAUUGUGGUGCCGGGACCUGGGAAAAGAUGGGAUUGUACGGGCAUGGAUGUUUGUGGCAGGAUAUUGCUCUGGCGCUUGAGAUGGCUGUUAAGGAGUACCCCAUCUGUCUUGAUUUGACGCUGACACGCGAGAUUGCCCUGGCGAGAGAGUUGAGGCUGACUGGGAGAGCAGUAGCAAGGGAGGGAGUAGAAAGGUGGAAUAUGGAUUACGAUAUUCUUCAGCAGAUCUUGGAUUGGAAACGAAAGCGGUUUGUCACUGGGUUCGUCGAGAUCCCCACUCGAAGCUGA